GUCUAGUAUAUCUUGGGUUCGGUUGGUAGCCUCUCGUGACGCUGACCAUGGAUGAACCUCCCAAGCAUCGACCUCGCUGCUUCUUUGACAUCACUAUUGAUGGAGAGAAUGUUGGGCGCAUUGUAUUUGAAUUGUUCUCGGAUCUGGCUCCAAAAACAUGUGAGAACUUCAGAGUACUGUGUACAGGUGAGAAUGGCCUGAGCACAAAGACUGAGGUACCCCUACAUUACAAGGGGUCCCCCUUCCACCGUGUGGUGAAAGACUUCAUGGUACAGGGUGGAGACUUCACCAAAGGUGAUGGUACAGGAGGGGAGUCUAUAUAUGGAGGACAGUUUGCUGAUGAGAACUUUAUAGAGAAGCAUACGAGGGAGUUCCUGCUGUCCAUGGCCAACAGAGGGAAGGACACCAACGGCUCACAGUUCUUCAUCACUACUAAGCCUGCGCCACACUUGGACGGGAAGCAUGUAGUGUUUGGACAAGUGAUCAGCGGUCAAGCUUUUGUGAAGAAAAUUGAAAACUUGGAGACCGACAAAAAGAAUCGCCCCCUUCAGCCUGUAGUCAUAGGCAACUGUGGGGAACUUGUGCUCCAGGUUAAGGCCAAGGCCAAGAAAACAAAACCUGUGUCUGAGGAAGAAUUAAGUGGACAUUCCAGUGACGCCAGCUCUGAAUCCAGCGAGUCUGAGGAGGAAAAAAAGAAGAAAAAGAAGAAGAAAGAUAAAAAGAAAAGGAAAAAGCAGAAGAAAGAGAAGAAAAAGAAGAAGCGAGUGGAAUCAAGUUCUGAAGACGAGGGGGAAGUGAAGGAGGAGGUGGAGCCGGCCACUGUGUUCGGGAAUAUCCGCCCAGAGGAGAUCCCAGAAGUCCCCUCCAACAACUUCCUGUCACGUGACCGCAAAGACCAGGCCCAGCCUCCAAGGGAGGAAGGCCGCACAGAAAACCAACGUACCAGGAUACGGUACACUGCGGAUGGACAAAAGAUCAAGGGUCGGGGCAAUGUGAGGUACCGUCGAAGUCAGACCCCGCCUCACUGGCGCCAGGAAGAGAGUCGCAUGAAGCCCCUCAGCAAGGACAUGGGGCAGGGGGAGGGGCAGAGCUGGUCACAUGACCGCAGUGGGCGGGCUCAAGAGGGGCAGAGGCAGCGAGGGGAGGAGAAAGGGGAGGAACCUAGGAGAGAGAGGCAGGAGAAGAGGGGCAUGAGGAUGGAUGGAAGUGAUGACGAUGACAGGAAAGAAAGGCAGAGGAAGAAUGAACGUAACAAUGCUCAUGGCGACACUGAAAGAAAUGGAGGCAAUGACCUACGUGACAGGAUCAGAAAGCGCCGCAUGUCCUCAGGACAGCAAUCACCACCAGCAAACAGACAUAGACAACAAUCCUCCUCUGAGGAAGGGGAGAUAAACGAGGCAAAGUCACGAAAGAAGCAACAGAACCAAUCUGAGUCAUCAGAAUCAGAAACAGAGAAGUUACGAAGAGCUGCUCUUGAAUCAAGAGCCGAGAAAACCAAGCCACAGAAGGUGAACUCGCAAAGUAAGAAGGAUAGAAGACGGAGGGGAGACAGUGAUUCUGAAUCAUCGGAUCGCGAGCAGAGGGUUGUAAGUGUUGCAGCAAAGCCAAGAAGGAGCAGUAAGACUUCAUCUGAGGAUGAGCAGGAGACCAGGAGGACAGUUUCUGUUGCUGCCAAGGUUGUCAAGGGUGGAAGGAGUGAUUCGCCUCCUAAAAAGAUUGAUAAACCUCAGAAAUCUGCGAGUAGGUCCCCCGUCAGAAGAAGUAAAUCUUCAGCUGACAAGAGAGACAGAGCAAGCAAAUCCCCUGUCAGGAGACGUAAAACGUCAGAUGACAAGAGCGGCAUCAAAAAAUCUGCAAGUAAGUCCCCUGUCAGGAGACGUAAAUCUUCAGGUGAUAAGAGAGACAGUGCAAGUGAGUCCCCUGUCAGAAGACGGAAAUCUUCAACUGAAAAGAGAGACCGCGGAAAAGAUUCUCAAUCACCAGUUAGACAGAAGGCUUUGUCCAGGUCGCAGUCUCCCAUGCAGCAGAAAAAAGAAGCUUCAACAAAGAUACGACAGAAGCUAAAGUCUACAUCACCAGUGGAGAAAGAAUCAGAUCGGUCAAGGUCAGCUAGAAAACGCUCUGACUCUGUCUCGAGGAAGAAAAAAUCAGUGUCGAAAUCCCCGAGGAAGAAGUCAAAGUCACCUGAUCCCAAGAAAAGGUCAAGAUCUGGGUCAUCUUCUAGUUCAAAGUCAAGGUCAAGAAAACGAAGGCAAGGUCGAAAAUCAAGGUCAGAGUCAAAAGAUAAAAGAAAUAGGACAUCAAGUUCAUCUGGCAGUAGUUCACGAUCGAGGAGUAAUAGAAGAAGUAAUAAAAUAAGGGGAGGUAUAUCUGCGAGGUAUGGUUUUCAGCGACAGUCCUCCAGUGGGUCUUCAAGGUCAAGGUCCCGUGAGAGACGUAGGCGCAUGGACAGAAGAAAGGAUGGGGCAAUGGAUCGACGGAAGAUGGAGGAAGCUGCCAGGAUGGCUCGCCAAAAGUCAGACAGCCCACCUCCUACCCACUGGAAGCCCGGUCAGAAGGCCUGGAAAAAAGUGGAUGGAGAUCCUGAUAAAGGAGACAAGGCUCUAAUCCCCCCUGUGGCACCAUAUAUGGCAGGCUCCUCCAUGGGUGGCGGGGAUGCUGAUGUGUUCACCAUGGCAACAGAGUCACCUGACCUGUCACAGACUGAUAUGAUGUCCAGCUUGGCCCAGCAGUCUGAGCUGAAGUCUGACGUACUUCCUGCAAAGAUACAGUAUCAUCUAGAUGAUCCUAACGUCAUUGCCCGUCCAAUCAAGGUCGUAGAAAAAAAGAAGUCUCGACGCUCACCAAGUAGCGAGAGUUCAAGGUCGUCUCACAGCGAGAGUUCAAGGUCAAGGUCGCGUUCCAGGGGCAGAAGUGAGGAGGAAGAAGAAAAGAAGGAAAAAGAUAAGAAAAAAGUUGAGGAACGUAUCACAUGGCAGCCACCGCCCGACCCUGAUGUUCCAAGUCCAGAGUCUCCUAGGAUCCCUCGCCCCUCUGCAGAAACUGAUGAAGCCAAUCGUUCAUCCCUGAAGACUCCUCCACUACCAAAGAUAGCUGAAGUUGCAGAGGCAACGUCAGAACUUGCCAGAAAGAAUAGGCGCUGGGACAGUGCAGAGCCAGCAGCCAAGAAAGAGAGUAUUUCCACAGCAUCAGCUGAUGCAUAUGACCCAGACUCUCCCACCAAGCCAUACGACUCACCCACAAGGGAACCUGCUCCACCCCAUAGCGACGAUGAUGAGCCCUCUAGCAGUGAUGAUGAUGAUGACCAAAAUCAGCCCCAGAAGACCUCUAUGGCACCCCCUCUGCCGCCAAACCUCCCACCCUUGCCUGAUGAAAAACCUCAACCACCCCCUCCAGAGGAAUCUGGGGCCAUUAUUAAGAGCCAGGAGUCCGAUCUCAGACUGGUCAAAAAGUCCCCAGUCUCUGUGGAUAAGAAAGUUUCUGCAGUGUUUGAGGCCAGUCCAGUGACCUUGCCCUCCAAAAGCCAGAUUGGAGUAGUGAAGCCUAUGUCAAUCCUGCCCAAGGUCAUCAGUGCAGAUAUUCCAUUGCCUGAAAGCAAGCCUGCUGAGCCAGAUGAGCCAGCUCCAAAGCCCAGCUCUCCUGAUAAACCUGCACCAUUGGCAGCUGUUGGAUCUGAAAAGGACAAGGAAAAGGCUUCGACAUCCAAAGCAAAACCUCCAGGAAAGCCGAGAGAUAGGAGUUCUUCUACAAGGAAAAAGUCUCCGGAAGCGAAAAGAGAUAGAAGUUCUUCUGCAAGGAAAAAGUCUCCAGAGGCGAGAUCCAGGAGGAAGAAAUCCCCAUCUCCACGCAGAGGAAGGAGGUCAGAUUCCAGGUCACCACGGAGACCACAGAGAUCAAGGUCACCUAGGAGACGGAGGUCGGCAUCUAGGUCACCCAGGCGGUCACCAAAACGACCCCGCAAGAGGUCCUCAUCUGGGUCAAGGUCACCACGCAGAAAGUCCCCUGUACCACCAAGGAGGCGGUCAAGGUCCCUUAGGAGGCGUAGGUCAAGGUCACCUCGAAAAUCUAGAUCACCAAGGAGGUCAAGAUCACCUAGAAAAUCUAGGUCUCCAAGGAGGUCAAGAUCGCCUAGAAAAUCUAGGUCACCAAGGAGGUCAAGAUCACCCAGAAAAUCUAGAUCACCAAGGAGGUCAAGGUCCCCUAGAAAAUCUAGGUCACCCAGGAGGUCUAUUUCAAGGCGAUCUCCAAGGAGAUCUCCCAGAAGAUCUCCCAGAAGAUCACCACGACGGUCAGGAAGUCGUAAUCGAAGGCCUAAUAGAAAGAGUCCAUCUCCUGUACGCAGAAAAAGAAGGCACAGCAGCAGUUCAUCCUCCAGCAGUUCAAGAUCCCCGGUCCGUGUGCGUCGCAGGAAGUCAAGCUCUAGCAGUGCAUCCAGUCCCCGUCGGCGCCGGCAGGACCGCCAAAGGAGCUCCAGUAGCAGCAGUCAUUAAUCGAUUACAAGCGCCCCCUAGAGGGGAUGUCAAAGGAAUACAUGUUAGCCCUGCUCUGGAAAGGUUAAUGUGUAUUCCCUGAGUAGCCUGUGCAGAUUGUACAAGCUCAUUUGGGACAACAUUUUACGCACAUAGAUUAAACCAAGUUUUGACUUAUUGAGUGGUAUGGGAGUUUUACCCACUACUGGGCUAGUUGUGGGUAAUUGACAUAUUGUACAGUAGGGCAGUGGGUUUUAGCAUCAUCUGUGUGCCUGUUAGUUAUUCAGAUUAUGAAUGAGAUGGGACUUGAUAGCUGAGUUCUGUGUUAGUGUUUAUCUUAUGUACAAACCAUACAUGGACUCCUGUACACUGUACAAGGAGCCUUGCUUCUUCUUUAUUGUGUUUGUUGGUAAUAAUUGUUUUUUUAAUCUGUAUAGCAUUUAUUGAGCUUUGAUGUAGGAAUAAUUCAUUAUGAGAAUUUGAACAUUAUAAUUGAAAGAUGUGUAACAAAGAUUAUUAAUUAAGCAGUUAUUUUGACAGUUCCUCCAUCUUUGUCACAGAAUGAGCAUAGAUCUAUAUUGUUUACAUCAUAAUUAAUUGUGAGCAUAGAUCUAUAUUGUUUACAUCAUAAUUAAUUGUUUUCACUAUCCUGCAAACAAUUUACACACAUUAGAAGUUAUUUAAACACUUUUCAUCUUAUAGAUGUCUUUUUACUUGUACAUUUAGUUGAAGAAGAGCAAUUUACUGUUUACAAUUGUAACUUACAUUUCAAAUUGUACAUUUAGUCUUUACAAAUUUUGCAAAUAUAUAGCACAUAAAAAAAUGAUAAGUAAUGAACAUAAGUAGUAUUUUUAAUAUCAAUUGUAUUCAGAUGUGAUGAAAUAAAUCAUGUGUUGAUAUGAAAUUGCUAUGAUAUGUGUAUGUCUGUCUGUCCCAAAAUUUUAACCUUGGUCAUAACUUUUGGAAUAUUGAAGAUAGCAACUUGAUAUUUGGCAUGCAUGUGUUUCUCAUAGAGCUGCACAUUUUGAGUGGUGAAAGGUCAAGGUCAUCCAUCAAGGUCAAAUAUAUGGCUUCAAAGCGCAGUAGAGGGCAUUGUGUUUCACAAACACAGCUCUUGUUUUUGUAUGACUUUGUGCACCAAAUUUUAAUGUUCUUGGCACUUAUGUGAGAUUUUAAAUCAGGUGUAAAAAAAAGUACAUGUACAUGCCUGAGGGAUCAAUUUUCUUGAAAGUGAACAUACAGCAAGAUAUCUGUUCUAUGUUUGUUUCUUUAAUAAGUUAAUAAUUGUGUUAUAAAAAAUGUACUUUUCUGUUACUUAGACGUUUGGUGUUUGAGUAAUAUUCAGUGUAUUUGAGUAUAAAAAUCAGCGUAUUUGAUUAUGAAAAUCAGUGUAUUUGAGGAUGAAAAUCGGUGUACUUGAGGAUGAAAAUCAGAGUAUUUGAGGAUGAAAAUCGGUGUAUUUGAGGAUGAAAAUCAGUGUAUUUGAGGAUGGAAAUCAAUUUGAGGAUGAAAAUCAGUGUAUUUGAGGAUGAAAAUCUGUAAGGUUUAUUUUUGAAACAUUGUCUGUCAAUGUGAGAUGUUCCAAUACAUCUUUUAAACUCGAUAAUUUUGCCAAAACGUUUACAUACUGAGAGUCUGAGAUAACAACAUGUCAUGUUUAGCUUCUGUCAUCCGCAUUGGUUUCUAUCAUUCAGAUUGUGAAGUGAAGGAUUUUCAUGUGCAUUAAUAAUGAAGUUUUUUACAUUAUAUAAAUCUUGGAAUGCCAUGUUAAAUAACCUACGGUGUAAACUUGACAUCAAACUAAGUGAAGUUUUAUCGCCGGUAAUAACCACAUAUUAUUUUCCUUUCUUUCUAUUUACCUCAUGAUUGUGUUUCAUGAAGAGCAGGUUCUGAAACGGGGUUCGUUUUGCAGAUUUCAGUUACCCAGGAGUUGUUUCGUUUUCAUAGCUUUAAGCUUCACAUUCUCUAGCGAUGUAUUGUUUUGUGGACAUUUCUGUGAAUAAAUAUGUGGAAAUAUU